GCCAGCCGCCGAGGCUGCAGCCUCCGAAGGGAGGCCAGGGGAACCGGGGUGCGGACUUUCCCGCGGACUUUCGGAGUGUUUGUGGAUUUACAUGCCCAGCCAUCAAGAUGAUGUCCAUGAACAGCAAGCAGCCUCACUUUGCCAUGCAUCCCACCCUCCCUGAACACAAGUACCCAUCGCUGCACUCCAGCUCCGAGGCCAUCCGGCGGGCCUGCCUGCCCACGCCGCCGCUGCAGAGCAACCUCUUCGCCAGCCUCGACGAAACGCUGCUGGCGCGGGCCGAGGCGCUGGCGGCUGUGGACAUCGCCGUGUCCCAGGGCAAGAGCCACCCGUUCAAGCCGGACGCCACGUACCACACGAUGAACAGCGUGCCUUGCACGUCCACGUCCACCGUGCCGCUGGCGCACCACCACCACCACCACCACCACCACCAGGCGCUCGAGCCCGGGGACCUGCUGGACCAUUCACGGCGCAUCAAGCUGGGCGUGACGCAGGCCGACGUGGGCUCGGCGCUGGCCAACCUCAAGAUCCCGGGCGUGGGCUCGCUCAGCCAGAGCACCAUCUGCAGGUUCGAGUCGCUCACGCUCUCCCACAACAACAUGAUCGCGCUCAAGCCCAUCCUCCAGGCGUGGCUCGAGGAGGCCGAGGGCGCGCAGCGCGAGAAAAUGAACAAGCCCGAGCUCUUCAACGGAGGCGAGAAGAAGCGCAAGCGGACUUCCAUCGCCGCGCCCGAGAAGCGCUCCCUCGAGGCCUACUUCGCCGUGCAGCCGCGGCCCUCCUCGGAGAAGAUCGCCGCCAUCGCCGAGAAACUGGACCUCAAAAAGAACGUGGUGCGGGUGUGGUUUUGCAACCAGAGACAGAAGCAGAAGCGGAUGAAAUUCUCCGCCACUUACUGAAGGGGGUGGGGCGGGUGGGCGCGGGAGGAGGGGCCGAGCAGGGAGCUGAACGGGCCUUUCGGGGCUUUUCCCGGGCCGCUUCCCCCCGGAUCUGGCGUGUCCGUUAUCCUGCCUGCGUUUGGCGAAUCCAUCCUCCAGAGCUCUCUUUCGCCCCCUCCUUCCCUUAUGCUCUCCUGGCCCUCACCCUCUCCCAGCCCGGAGCACUGGGGUGCUGGGUGUGGACGUCGGAGAGGGAGCAUUGGGGUGAGCUGGUAGCUGAGGGGGGAAGAAAGCGGAGCCUGGAGGAGGGGUUUUGAGGAGCAGGAUAGUUCUGGGGGUUAGGGUGGGGGGGAGACUGGAAGGGUAGAGAAAUGGACUGUUUUGGACCAGAGACAUUUAUCAAAAUCUCCUGGGGACCAAGGAACUAUGUACAAAAACAAACCUACCAACCACCAAAAAAAAAAAAAAACUAAACAAAUAAAAGCAAACUAAAACAAAGCAGAACAAAAGCAAAUAAAAUAUGCGUUAGAAAUUUAACUCCAGGGAGCCAUAUUCUGCAGCUUCAAUCCCCCCCUAAGGAAGAGAAAACAAGAGCACCACCAUUAUUACCACUGACCCAACCCUUCACAAAUGAACUGAAAAACGAAAGCCAAAUGAACUGGAAGGUGAGAUUGUGGGUAGCUAAGCUAGUUGUUCUGUGUAUUUAAUUUAAUUUUCCUCUCUCAGUCUCACCUCUACCCCGCCCACGUUCUCUUUGAUUAUUUUUUGUGUUCCAAAGAGAUUGGAUGGCUGCUCUCCAUUGCCAGAAAGUGAGAGGGGGAACAGCUAAAGCGGGCGGGGGUAUUAUGGCUGUUUAGGUGGAAUCCAAGUUUUCCACUGACUUAGCCUAUAUUCCUGUGGCCUGGGCCCAUUCGGUGGGGGUGUUUAGGGAGAGAGGGGUAGUAUUUGAGCUGACUAAAAUGCAGAAUUUAUGGAGCUCCAAAAGAAAUAUUUUAUUCUAGAAGAAUAAAACAAUUUUGACAAGUUCUUUUCAUUUUUGCUCUUAUAUCUAAGAUCUAGAAACAGACUAUUUCAAAAUCAGUGCCACCCCGCUCCAUAGAACUUGCUUGCCCUUUCACUUUCACUUAUUUUUCUGAGUGUAGUUUAUUUAAAACUACCUACUGAAUUUUAUUUCCUAUGGAUUCAAAUAGGUUAAUGGGAUGGAAAACAAUAGGAGAGAUACUGUGUCCCUUUUACUCCACAGAACAAGACUCAUCUAGCUCUUCUAGGUACCCUUUUCUUCUCUCUUGGAGAACAUGAAAUGGUUGAAAUAUUGAGAAGUUUUUGCUUUCGGUUGGAGCAGGACUUGGCUGUGGGGAAAAAUCAACUAAAUCCCAAAUGAGAGGAAGACAGAGUUAAAGUCCUCCAUUUGUUUCAAAAGGGUCUGCAUGUUGGGAGGGGGGGAAGCAGAACAACUGUGUUUCAUUAUUAUUAUUAUUAUUCAAAAGUAAUUUAUUGCUGGGGAUAAAUGUUGGGUAGCAAGAACUUUAAUUUGCACUACCAGUCUCCCAAAUAGAAAACCGUGUAUAGUAUUUCAUAGUUAUAAUCAAGGUACUUUAUGAACUGCUGAUGGAUUAAAAAAUGAGAAAGACAGUUGAAGGUGGUUAGGUAAAAUGCUUGCUUGGUGCACAAGAUACUCUUUUGAUCUCAUGUGGGGAUGGUUUAUUACCAUCCUUUAACAAGAACGUAAAAAAUUGAAAACAAAUGUGGAAAGAAAAGAAAAAAAAAAACAACCCUGCCAUUUAACAAGACUGAAAUCAUGCAUGACCUGAAAAGUGCAGAAAGAAACACAAUUAGGUCUCACUCUGGUUAGGCAUUAUUUAUUUAAUUACAUUGUAUAUCAUUGUUUGCAGCGCAAACAUUCUAUGCAUUUGAAACUGAGCACUAAACUGGGCUAGCUUUCUGAUAGACCGUUUUGUGGAUAGUGUGAUUUCACAGUCUACUGCCUGUUUUCACCGAAAACACAGCAUUCUUGUCGUAUUCUUGUAUUUAGAAAAAAAGGUAAAACAGGAAGAUUAUUGUAAAUAUUUUCUUUAAUGCACACACUCACACCGUGGUUACAGACUGCCAGUGUUAUACCUGUCCAUGUAUGUCUGCUGAGCUUUCUCCUUGGUUAUGUCUGCUCUCUUACCGUUUCUCCUUCCCACUUCUAUCAGAACCAUUUAUGUGCGCCAAAAUACAACAGGGGGAUGUGUCCCAGUACACUUACAAAUAAAACAUAACUGAAAGAAGAGCAGUUUUAUGAUUUGGGUGCAUUUUUGUGUCUAUACUAGGCCAAAUCCUGGUAGAGCCGGUCAGCAAAUGAAACUCAAUUCAACCAAAAAUACAGGGGAAAGGGUGAGAAUGAUGUAUUUUUCUGCUGAAUCAGAAUUCACUUUCAGACAACUCAUGUGAAAAGUGGUGCUCUGAAUAAAAUGAAUUCUAUAUUA